UGUUUACUAAGAAGAAAAAAACCAAACAUAAUAUUCAGCGAAACUCAACAAUUGCUGCCAACUCCCAACAAUAUAUUAUAUUCUGAUUUACACUAAAUUAAAUAGUCUAUAAAAAGAGAUUGCUAUAAUUGUAAUGAAUUAUGCUAGAGUGCAUGUCUACACUUUACUACCUUGAAUUUAGUACCCGUAUAAAAAAGUGAAAAUUCUGCGUGUGGCAAUCAACAAAAUAUGUACUCUGAGUGGGCAUCGCUGUCGACGCAGAUUACUGCCAACAGUUGUGGAGCGCAAUGUUUCAGUGUGCUAAAUAAGUUUCCAGCGUCUGCGGGUCGAGAAGUGGUUAUUUCGGUUGUAAAACAACUUGGUACCAAUUUAGGCAUAACACAGAACGCGGAACCCAGCCACUUGGUGAAGGAUGAGGAGGUCAGAUGGUGCAUGGACGUCAUUUGUUUUGGUCUUUCGUUGCCGCUGCAGGAGCAUGAGACCAUCAAAGACUGUGUCAAUGUUUACUGCGAAUGGUUGACGGCGCUGCACCCACAGCCACGAAUCAGCGUUCCCAAGCCCAUUUGUGAAGAUGCGAAUCUUUAUGCGCGGCAGAUAAUUAAUCAUUUCCACAACCUCUUCGUUCCGCGGCAGGGAGAAAUCUUGCCAUUUUUAUACCAAACGAAGCUUGGCUCUGAUACCAUUAAGCGUCAGGCGGUGUUAUGUCAUCGCGUGUUGCGCACCCUUCAGCAAACAGCUCAAAUUUCGCAGCACAUGGAUCGAGAGACCUGGGACACGCUACUACUCUUUUUGUUGGCCAUCAAUGAGAUUUUGCUGGCGCCACCGACUGUCAAGGAUGACGUUGGCGAUCAACUCUGUGAACGCGUGCUCUCUGUGCUUUUCGAGGUUUGGCUUUUGGCAUGUGUCCGCUGUUUUCCAUCGCCCUCCUUGUGGAAAACCUUGCAAGAGUCGUGUGCCAUGUGGCGCCAUCGAAUUGCACUUGUUGAUCAGUGGAACCGUGUGAAUUUGGCCCUGACCGCGCGCUUGUUGGAGUUUAGCUACGGCCCGGAUUUUACGCAGCUUAAAAAUGUUGGCGACGAGGAUGGCCAGCUUAUACCCGCGGGCAUGACCAACGAUUGUGUAGCACAAACUUGGUAUCGGUUUUUGCGCAUGAUUGGCAAUCCCACGGCGUUCUGCUCGCCGCACAUUAUCAGUAAAUCGUCGCACUUCGUUCAAUGGGCUCUAACGCACGAGAAAGGCGCUGAGACACAUCAGCAUCCUUGCCUUCAAAUGUUACCACAAAUCUUUUUGAAUGCAAUCAGGGGUAUUUCCAGCCAAGUAGAUGCCUUCUUAGGCAUUUAUCAGCCACCGCCUAACCAGCAGGACAACAUCGUCACAAAUCUGCUUGAGAUACGCCACUCUUUAAACGAGGCUACCUCAUCCACGCUACAACAGUUCAUACACUCGAGCAGCGUUUCAAACAUUAGCAUACAGCAAUCAGGGGCAACUCAGUCCCAUCAGCCGCAUCAUCAUCACCACUAUCCGCAUUUGCAUUUACAUGGUGCUGGUAGUUUCCUUCGCGAUAAUUUUGUCAGCAGUUCGGCAAGCUCUGCCUUAAACGCCAUCAUGGGGCAUCAUCACCACCACCACCAACAUCAGCAACAGCAGGCGGCACAGCCUCAGGGGCAGCAUGGCCUAAGCAGCAACUGUAGCGCUUCUCCAACCAACUAUUGCCAGAUCGCUCCUCCAGGCCCAGUGGGCAGCAUAAGUGCUGGCGGCAGCCAUUCUGCUGGCGUGGUCGGCUGCAUCUCAUUCAGCGCGUCUGAGGCAAUGCCAUUGACAGUCUCGAAUGGCAGCAACAGUGUGACACCAACACCACCUUUGCAGCGACGAUUGGCGAAGAGUUUCAGUGUGGCGCCGUCCAUUACGCAGCAGAAGGGCUUAAGCAAAACCGCGCUUAUCAGCCUAACACGCAGCUCAGCGAACGCCGCCCCCACGACGCCGACCUCAGGUCCACCCUCAUCCAGCAGCAUCAACUCGCUGCCAUCCAUUGGUACCGAGCUACGCCCGCCGCUGUCUGUAGCUCGACCGAAGUGCAACAGCAUUCUGCACUUAUUCGGUGAGUGGCUGUUCGAGGCAGCGCACAUAGGCGGCGACACUUGGCUGCAGAAUCGUAAAAAACAAGCAUGCGAGGCUAGCAAGCGACCUUCGUCUAUGAUAAUGGAGAAUCGCAAGGGCUCGAUAUCGUUGUCCCAACCCAAUUCGCUUAAUGAUCCUACAUCGCUGCCGCCCACGCUAACCAUUGAUAAAUAUGAAUCUGGACGCGCCGAGGCAAUUGGUACCCUCUGCAAGAUUUUCUGCGCAAAAAAAACGGGCGAGGAAAUUCUGCCGGUGUAUUUAGCGCGCUUUUAUAUGGCACUGCAACAAUGCCUCAAGAUAACCGAGUCCAAAGAGUGCGAUGAAACAUUGGCCAGCAUUCUGCUCCAUUCGGCAGAUUUGUUCCGCUUAGACCUGGAUGGUAUCAAUGUGCUACUACCUGGCUUUAUAGCCGCGCUAGAAAUCGUACUACCAGAUAAGGACUUGAAGCUGAAGACACAAGCAAUUACAUUCAACCGGACCGAGCUGCGUCGAUCGGCAAUAAACAUUUUACUCUCCAUUAUGGUGCUUCCGCUGCAUUAUCAUACUCUGCCCAUACGAAACUUGACAUCUGACACUGGCGAGAAGGGUUUGACCUUCUUACAACUCAAAUCUCGACUCAUGAACAUUCUGAUGAACGCGCUGCAGGUGGAAACUGACGCCCAAAACACGCAUAUGUUAUUAGGCGGACUUUUGCUCUGUGUACAGGACGCAGUGACCUUUGAAGACACUGAGCUUGGCGGCACAGAUCAUUUGAGUGGCCCCGGUGUUCAGCACCAUGAAGAAAACCUACUAAGUUCCGCGUGCUCGGACCGUUCCGCUUCGCUAGCAAGCGGCACGGUCAGCUUUGGCGCACAAACCACAGCAAUGAGCUCGCGUGAUACAGGUUCGGCCCACGAUUAUCCCAGCCUGACCAUAUCCGAUGAUAUAUCGGUGGAGUUUACGCACGAGUUUGAAAGCGUUGCAUCAUAUGACAACGCACAUGCCUUGUUUGUACGCGCCACAUAUUUGGUGUGUCACCGGUUAAUCUCUUCGUGGAAGACCGACUUGAACGUUUCACUAGCAGCUCUAGAGUUACUGUCAGGUCUGGCGCGGCUCCACAUCCGCGAAACAGCCAGGAAAAUAACAAAUGAUUCAUUAGUGAAAAUAUUCGAACCUAGUCAAAAUAUAACGAUAAUCUCCACAGACGCUCUAGAGUGCAAGCGCGCAGUGAAGUGGAUAUGCGACUAUAUUUGCUAUCAGUGCUCACGACCUCCGCCGGCGCACAGUAAGGAUCUGCACAGCACAAUAGUGGCGGCGUUCCAGUGCACGGCAGCCUGGCUUAUGCAGCAUCCGUACCUCCUGCAGGAUAAAGACUGCUUGCAGACGGUGCUUGAGGUGGUCGAGUUGGGUAUAUCAGGCACAAAAAGCCAGAGCAAAAAUGGAGAUCUACCUAAGUUUAAAGAUGAAAAAGAACUUAAACCAGCCUCGAUGCGUGUGCGCGAUGCAGCAGAGAAUCUUCUCACCAUCAUACUCGAACAGGUUGGUUACUUUCCAAGCGAGUGUGGACCGGAAUCUAUAUCUUCGCUCUUGGAUGAGCUGGCUCUUAUGAAGCACUGCAAUUCGCUCCCGACUGGAGACGGUUUAGCCGGCGUAUGCAAUGCAGAACAAGCCAUCUCGAAGUUUAAAUAUUUCGUCACGGAAAACUCGACGAUAUUGGCUUUGCUGGAAGAGCCUUUGGGUAAUGAUCAGGACCCGCAACCAACUGUCACUCUUCUUAUACGUGGUCCCUUUGGCCGACAUGCUUGGACAAUGCAGCUGCGCCAUCUGCCGCGCAGCAAGUCGGGUGUAAAGUACCAUGCCGUCAAUCCCGGCCGGCCCAUUCCUAUGAACGAUAUCACGCAACGUCCCGAAUGCGAGCAAAAAAACUUUCCCGAAGGCGUUGACAAAGUUCAGCCCUGUGUGGCCGAUUACUCAAUACCAACGAUUGAUCAGAUACGUGAGCAGUAUGGCGCCAACGUCAUAAGUGAGCUGGAGGCAAUGCUUGAAAAUCAAAGUAUACACGAAAAGUUGGCUUGGGCCGAAUCGGACAAUAGCAUCGAUAGUCUGUCGCAUGCUCAGGAAUGUGUACCGCCCACGGUCUGCCAUGAGUUUCAUGCAGCUCGCUUGUUUCUCUCUCAUUUCGGAUUUCUUAGCUUCGAGAUCCGCGAUCCGCACAACCCCGUUGAGUCACUAGGUCCGCCGCAAAGACCCCUUAUCGUGCUUGACACAAAAUCAACUGCUUUUGCUACGGAUUUGGAUAAGCUGGAUAAGCUCAGCGCCCGCACGCAUGAUACUGUUUACUGUUUCUAUGUAAAGGCGGGUCAAACUACUUCACAACAGAUCAUUGGUAACAUGGCCGAGGAUCACUCGUAUGACUCACACUUUGCCAAUAUGCUGCAGACGUUGGGGUGGCCGGUUCAGGUGGCUGAGCACUCAGGUUGGACGGGUUUCGCACAUAAUUCGUGGUCGCUAAAGGGUACAUCGAUACAGACGGAACGUCACCAAUCAAACGUGUCCAGCGAAUCUAAUUAUAAUGGUGCACAGAAUGUGCUCUACUGGGCGGAUGUCUCAUCUGAGAUUGCUUUUGUAGUGCCUAAUGCUUGGAAUCUUCGCUACAAUAGCGAAAUGGACGCCUGCAGCUUGUCCAGUAAUUGCAGUGAUCAAAGCACAAUGAGCAAUGUCUGGACACGUGGGGACGAUGCUGGUUCUCUUAAAUCCAAGCCGAGAAAUCUCAGCUUAGAAUUAGAUGCAAAUAACAGAAACAAGGAGCCAGUACCUCCCACGCGACGAAAAGGUACUGUGUCUAAGCCUGCCCUUCUCGUCCAAGCGCCAGCAAAGAUUUUCCUUGUCUGGCUAGAGAGCUUCGAGGAUUAUUUGAACUUUCCCGUCGAAGAUCUUCUGGCCUACGCACGCACUGGUGAAGAGCUCCAGUCAAUGCAGUUGCCGAGAGCAGCCGACUGUCAUGUGAUCUUUCUGCAUUCUCUUCAGUCUGGUUUACUGAGAGUGAAACUGCAAGGACCACCUGGUCGGAUGAGCUUUGCAACGCCAUUAGUCGAUGGCAUGGUACUUAGUCGGCGCGUUGUAGGUAAUUUGGUACGUCAAACGGCGCUUAAUAUAUCGCGACGUAGGCGUCUGGAUAAUGAUAACUACCAACCACCUCAUGUGCGACGCCGUCUGAAGGUGCAGGACAUUGUCCAAAAGUAUAAGAUGGAUCUAAGCGAAGCAGAACUACUGGCACAUUUAUUCCAGCGUUCUAUUUAGCCUUAAAUCAUAUAUUAUUUUAUUUUUCGUUGAUCCGCUUCUUUUAGCAUAUUAUUUUUAAUAUUUAUAUAACAAAUCUAAAUAAACUAACAAAGUUAGAGCCUUAAGAGCAAAACAAGCACA